AUGGCCACGGCGGCUUCUAACCCCUACCUGCCGGGGAACAGCUUGCUAGCGGCCGGCUCCAUCGUCCACUCGGACGCGGCGGGGGCCGGCGGCGGCGGGGGCGGCGGGGCUGGGGGCGGGGGCGGCGGGGCUGGGGGCGGCGGGGGCGGCAUGCAGCCGGGCAGCGCGGCCGUGACCUCGGGCGCCUACCGAGGGGACCCGGCCUCCGUCAAGAUGGUGCAGAGCGACUUCAUGCAGGGGGCCAUGGCCGCCAGCAACGGUGGCCAUAUGCUGAGCCACGCGCACCAGUGGGUCACCGCGCUGCCCCACGCCGCCGCCGCCGCCGCGGCAGCAGCCGCCGCCGCCGUGGAGGCCAGCUCGCCGUGGUCUGGCAGCGCCGUGGGCAUGGCCGGCAGCCCCCAGCAGCCGCCGCCGCCGCCGCCGCCGCAGGGCCCCGACGUGAAGGGCGGCGCGGGGCGCGAGGACCUGCACGCGGGCACCGCCCUGCACCACCGCGGGCCCCCGCACCUCGGGCCGCCGCCGCCGCCGCCGCACCAGGGCCACCCCGGGGGCUGGGGGGCCGCUGCCGCCGCCGCCGCCGCCGCCGCCGCCGCCGCCGCCGCCGCGCAUCUCCCGUCCAUGGCCGGCGGCCAGCAGCCACCGCCGCAGAGUCUGCUUUACUCGCAGCCUGGGGGCUUCACGGUGAACGGCAUGCUGAGCGCGCCCCCGGGCCCGGGCGGCGGCGGCGGCGCGGGCGGCGCGGGCGGCGGUGGCGCGCAGAGCCUGGUGCACCCGGGGCUGGUGCGCGGGGACACGCCCGAGUUGGCCGAGCACCACCACCACCACCACCACCACGCGCACCCGCACCCGCCGCACCCGCACCACGCGCAGGGGCCCCCCCACCACGGCGGCGGCGGCGGCGCGGGGCCCGGACUCAACAGCCACGACCCGCACUCGGACGAGGACACGCCGACGUCCGACGACCUGGAGCAGUUCGCCAAGCAGUUCAAGCAGCGGCGCAUCAAGCUGGGCUUCACGCAGGCCGACGUGGGGCUGGCACUGGGCACCCUGUACGGCAACGUGUUCUCGCAGACUACCAUCUGCCGCUUCGAGGCCCUGCAGCUGAGCUUCAAGAACAUGUGCAAGCUCAAACCGCUGCUCAACAAGUGGCUGGAGGAGGCGGACUCGAGUACCGGCAGCCCCACGAGCAUCGACAAGAUAGCGGCGCAGGGCCGCAAGCGCAAGAAGCGGACCUCCAUCGAGGUGAGCGUCAAGGGCGCACUGGAGAGCCACUUCCUUAAGUGCCCCAAGCCCUCUGCGCAGGAGAUCACAAACCUGGCCGACAGCCUGCAGCUCGAGAAGGAGGUGGUGCGGGUGUGGUUCUGCAACCGGAGGCAGAAGGAGAAGCGCAUGACGCCGCCCGGGAUCCAGCAGCAGACGCCCGACGACGUGUACUCGCAGGUGGGCCCGGUGAGCGCCGACACGCCGCCGCCGCACCACGGGCUGCAGACUAGCGUGCAGUGA